ACUGAGCAAUCAAAGGGGUGGCUGGUAAACAACAUCAGUGAUCAGAGAAUGAAAAGGAAAAUAUUACAAAGGUUUUUCUUCAACAAGAAUUUCCCAGGUGGUUGCUAAUGUAUACAUUUCCAGUAAUAGGGCUGAGACUACCAGGCAAACACCAGCAUUUGCUGCCCAGGGAAAAUAGGACUUUUUGUAAUAUUUAGCAUUCACUAGUACUGUAGUGCCAUAAUACAUAUUUUUGUUUUUUUUGGAUCACUGAUAGAUUUUACUACAUAUAGUGGAUCCUCUAAAUAAAGAAGCAAGCCGUGAUGUUUAUUACAGUCCUUUAUGGAGAUAAUGAAGAAGCCCUUUUUAACAUUAACUGCAAGGUUCAGCUACUUUUGGAAAGCAUCAAAACCUGCUGUCAUUAUGACAAUGAAGGAGAGGUUGAACUAGCAGAUGAGAGUGGACAAGUGAAAAAUCUUUUGGAAAAUCCACAAAGAUAUGCAUCAGAAUUUCUCAAUGAGCGGGAGACCUGUGUGCUUCUAUCUGUUACCAAACUGCCAGGUUCAACUGAAGCUAUAUUUACACCACUAUUAAACGACGAUGAGAUUGUGAAUACAAAAUUCCUAGCUAAAUUAGGAAACUGGGGUGAAACUAAAGCCUCCAGCCGCAGGUCUAAAUCAAGAAAGGGCAACAAGAAAAAUGUAGUGCUCAUUUCUACGCCUACAGAAGUGAAGCAGAACACGUCUCCCCGUAAACGAUCAACAAAGUCAUAAGAAUUCAAGCAAUCAUACUUCAUAUAAAUACACUUCCCUGUAAAAAUACCAUUCUGGUUUAUCUGUACUAGAGAUUGAUAAUAUGUUGUUGUUCUAAUCAUAUCUGGAAUAUUUUGUAACAAUUCUGUUUUGUCUUAAAGGGCCUAUAGAAAGUUUACAACUAUUUCUUUACAUUUCCUUGCAUUAUAAUAAGUCAUCCAAACAUUUGCCAUGAUAAAUAUGAACAAUGGGAUUAUAUGUUGUGAAACAGAGAAAGAGAUCUGCCUGAUGUUUCAUGAAAAAGUAUUUCCUUAGUAGGUUACUACUGUUAAAAAGUAGUACAGGUAUAGGACCC